AUUUCAGUGUCCUUAGAAAUUUCUGAAUAUCUAUUGAAUUGUUCUUCUGUUCAUUGUUUUGUUCGCUUGAUCGAGGAGAUAUCCGGAAUGGAAGCACAGAAAAGUCAGCAAAAGUCACCUGCGACUGCCCCAACUCCUGCCGAGACUUCAUGCCGGAAGAAGAAGAAUGAACAGGCUACAUUCUUGGAGGACUUGAAGGAUCAUAUCGAUGAGUUCAUUCAUGCAUCGAUGGAUGAACACAAGACUUGCUUCAAGAAGACCAUCCAGAAGAUGUUUGGAAUGUCAAAGGCUGUUGCAGAAAAGCAUGCUGAGGCUAAUAAUGGAGUUGAAGUUUCUCUUCCCCUUCAAGCAACCGUCUCAAAGUAGUAGCCUAUUUUCCCUGUAAAGCUUGGUGUCCGCUUUUAGAUCUAUAUGUGUUUCACCUUGUUCAGACUUUCAAAUUCUAGUAUAAUUUCUUACAUUUGUGGUAAUGAAAAUCAUUUUCCUCUAGUUUUGGAGUGAUACGUAUUUGCACUUGGUUUGGAAUUAUAAAUUCUAGCCUUUUUUUUUUUUCUUUUUCUAUUUCUGUAACUCUGUCAUUUCAAUUCCAAUUUACUUGGUAUGCAUGACAAAUUUUGUGCAAAGAAUGUAAGACAAUGCUGUUGUGCUGUUACUUCGUUCCCUUUUAGUAUAAGAACUCUUUUAUUUGAUUGGAACAGCGAGUAGAGCCAUGAUUUGCACAGAGAUUUUGCUGAAUAUCUCUAUUGAGGAAACAAAAACCUAGUUGACAACUAAACAUCUAAGCGACAAGGGCCAUUCUGUGGUUGAACAGUUAGAUCAAUUUUCUACAGACAGCAACUGCAUAGGUUUUUUAGUAGGGACUGUGUGGUGCUAGUGAUGUAUGGUUGGAUGGAAUUGGACUUGAAAAUUUGAGAAAGAAAAAAAUUAGGAUAUAUAUAGAUAUAUUCUUCAACAACAGAAUUUCUUACACCAUAAAACAUGUGAGGAAGUAAGUGACAAUUUCUAUGUCUCUUCCUCUAUAUGUUUAAUAAUAAAUGCAUUUAAUUGUCAAAAGAAAUAGAGAGAUCAUAACUGGAAAUGAGAAGAGAAGAUAGAAACACUAGUACUGGAUUCUUCUCGUACAUACUACUAUUUAUAAGAUGACUAUAUCUGAUAUUUGAAGCUGGGGUAAUGGAUCUUUAUUGCAGGUGACCUGACAGGGCAAGCCUUGAGUUCAAUGGAGCCCUAGA